ACACAUAUACACAUAUUCACCACAAUUUAAUCUUCUAAGUUCAAAACAUUGAUGACAAUGGCAACUCUAAGCAGUGCUUUUCUUUUCAUCUUCUCUUGUUUCCUUGCAUGUUCGAUCUCGGUUUCGGGACGACCCGCCACUUUCCUCGAAGAUUUUAGAAUCACUUGGUCCGAUUCCCAUAUCAAGCAAAUCGAUGGGGGGAGGGCCAUUCAACUUAUUCUAGACCAAAAUUCAGGCUGUGGAUUUGCUUCCAAAAGACGGUAUUUGUUUGGACGUGUCAGCAUGAAGAUCAAGCUUAUCCCCGGUGACUCGGCCGGAACCGUCACCGCCUUUUACAUGAAUUCUGAUACGGACACCGUAAGAGACGAGCUAGAUUUCGAGUUCUUGGGAAACCGAACCGGGCAACCAUACACGGUCCAAACCAACAUAUAUGCUCAUGGUAAAGGUGAUAGAGAACAAAGGGUUAACCUCUGGUUUGAUCCAGCUGCUGAUUUCCAUACAUACGCAAUUAUGUGGAACCAUCAUCAUAUUGUGUUUUAUGUAGAUGAAGUGCCAAUAAGAGUAUACAAGAACAAUGAAGCAAAAAACAUCCCAUACCCAAAAUUUCAACCUAUGGGGGUAUAUUCAACACUAUGGGAAGCUGAUGAUUGGGCAACAAGGGGAGGACUUGAGAAAAUUGAUUGGAGCAAAGCACCAUUUUUGGCUUAUUACAAGGAUUUUGACAUUGAAGGGUGUCCAGUUCCAGGGCCAGCAAAUUGUGCUAGUAACCCUAGGAACUGGUGGGAAGGUACUGCUUAUCAAGCUCUUAAUGCCAUGGAAGCUAGGAGAUACAGAUGGGUUCGGAUGAACCACAUGAUCUACGAUUACUGCACCGACAAGUCUCGGUACCCGGUCACCCCACCGGAAUGCAUGGCAGGUAUAUGAAGUACUAUCAAGAGUUCCCAUUAUUCCAUAUCCAACAGAACUGUCCAGAAUAUUUGAUAUACCAAUAUGUUUCAUGUCAUAUAUACUUUGAUGUAUAUGCCCCCCUUUGUACCAUAAUAGCUAUAUGUAUAUGCUAUAAGAGGGCCAUGCAAAAAUUGGGGUUAUGAAGGGAAAUAAAUUGUGAUCGUGUGUGCAAAUAUUUAAUUUUAAAACUUGUAUUUUAUUAUUAUUAUUGUAUUAUCCAAUUCAGAGUUUGCAGGCCUAAGACAAAAACUACUUGCUGCUUCA